UCUUUUCCUUUUUUCCUCUCACGCACAUUACCAUUAUUAGUCCACACGCACGCACCCAUAAACAAAGAACAAUAUACUCCAAAUAUCUUCUUCAUCAAAAUUCACAUGUGUGUCUGUUACAAAUUCAUCUACUUCAACAAACAUGUGUAACUAACUCUUUGAUGAACUGCACCGAAAGGUCUUGUGCUUGUAACUGAAGAGUUUGAAACAAAGGAGCAUAUGCUAGCUACUUUUAAGGGUAGGGGAAAGAAGAAAUUUAUUAUGGAUUAUUAUUUUAAUGUUCAUCUAUGAUGUAAUAACAAUAAAGUUUGUAUUUUUAUAAUUUUAUUAUUGUUUUUGGUUGGUAAAGUUUGAAUUUUGAACAAGUUAUGCUUUUGGGGUUUCAUUUGUGGAAAACAAGAUUAAGGGCAAGUUUGUUUUUUGUUUUCUAUUUUUUUGUUGUAGCUGAAAAUUUUGUGGUGAUUGAAAUGAGAAAUUGGGGUGUAGUUUAAGGUUGUUGCAGAAUGAGUUUCAGAGAUAGGAAUAUAGAAGUUGUUGAAGAGAGGGAAUGUGAAAAGUCAGUGAGGUCAAAUGGGUCAUUAACAAAUACUACACAGUUUACAAUUGAUGAGAAUCUUCUGGUUGAUCCUAAGUUGCUCUUUAUUGGCUCUAAAAUUGGUGAAGGUGCUCAUGGAAAAGUUUAUCAAGGAAGAUCAAAUUGUUGCUAUCAAAGUUCUGCAGCGUGGGACUACGUCAGAAGAAAGAGCUUCGCUUGAAAAUCGUUUUGCACGGGAAGUUAACAUGAUGUCCCGUGUCCAUCAUGAUAAUCUUGUAAAGUUUAUCGGAGCAUGUAAGGAUCCUCUGAUGGUGAUAGUUACAGAGCUAUUACCUGGAAUGUCGCUGCGAAAGUAUUUGACGAGUAUCCGUCCUAAACCAUUAGACAUUCACGUGGCUAUAAACUUUGCCCUUGAUAUUGCUCGAGCCAUGGAUUGGCUGCAUGAUAACGGGAUCAUACACAGAGACCUGAAACCUGACAAUCUGUUGCUUACAGCAAAUCAGAAGUCUGUUAAACUAGCAGAUUUUGGUCUUGCAAGAGAAGAAUCGGUGACCGAAAUGAUGACUGCAGAAACAGGAACUUACAGAUGGAUGGCACCAGAGUUGUACAGUACUGUAACGUUGCGCCAAGGAGAGAAAAAGCACUAUAACAACAAGGUUGAUGUGUAUAGCUUUGGGAUUGUUUUAUGGGAGCUACUAACAAAUCGCAUGCCUUUUGAAGGGAUGUCCAAUUUACAGGCUGCUUAUGCUGCUGCCUUCAAGCAAGAGAGGCCGAAAAUUCCUGAUGAUAUAUCUCCUGAUCUUGCUUUCGUCAUACAAUCAUGUUGGGUUGAAGAUCCUAACUUGAGACCAAGCUUUAGUCAGAUAAUCCGGAUGCUCAAUGAGUUUCUCUUCACACUUUCACCACUAUCUCCUCCCUUACCAGAACCCGAUAAUGAACCUAAGGCGGCAACAACAAGUAAUAAUGGUGCCAUUACUGAGUUUUCUGCCCGGAACAAAGGAAAGUUUGCUUUUCUUCGCCAGUUAUUUUCUUCAAAAAGGAUAAAAAACUAACAGUAAGUGCUAAACCUUUUACCAUUUCGUUUUGCUACAGUAUAUAAAUUUUAGUACAUUCAUUGAGUAACCUCUAAGGUGACAACUAGAAAGGUUGUAACAGUUUCCACAAAAGAAUAGAAUGUUGUUUAUAGACAUUUUGAAAGAGCAAGGAAAAAACAAAAAAGGAUUGUUUACCAUAUCUAAUUGAUCUUGUUGUAAAGGAACACAUUGGUUUAGACAUUUCCCGUGUUAAGAAUUAAACUUUAUUUUUAGUUGAGUUAUUCAUUGUAAAGUUGGUGUAUGCAAAGGGUGUUGAAAGGUUAA